AUGAUGCGCUGUUGCCGCCGCGCUCUGGAGAGCAACACAACGCUCUCGCCCGCGUACCUGGUCCGGUCACUCAGGGAGCGCGGCACCAGCGCCUUCUUUGGGAUGCCCGACUACUAUCUCGGUCCUCUCACCUCGUACCUGGUCGAUAGCACGGCGGCGGGUGAGUACGUGAUGACGACGAACUGUGGCAACGCCAUGGCGAUGGCGGCCGGUCACUACCUGGCAACCCUGCGCACCCCGUGUGUAUUCAUGCAGAACAGUGGGAUCGGAGACGCCAUGAACCCCUUGCUGACCCUUUUCAAUAGAGACGCCUACCGCAUGCCAUGCUUGAUGCUCAUCAGCUGGCGCGGCAAACACGACACCGCUGACGAGCAAGUGAGACCGGGGCUGGUUGCACAGGGCCGACUGACGGAGCACUGCUUGGCCUCCGUCGACAUCCCGUACUCAAUCAUAGGCAGCAGUCUCGAUAUUGAAAAGGACUGGGACGUUGCCAUGGACAAGGCCUACGACCACUUGGCCUCCGAGAAGACACCGUUUGCGAUGCUGCUGGAGCCCGGUACGCUGAUGCCGUACAUGCAGCGUCGUCCCGACGCUGACAUGCUUCCCACGGCGCCGCUUGAUCAUGACGCUGUGGCCAAUCAAGUGUGUCGGCAGUUCAACGCGACAGACGCGUUUGUGUGCAGCUGCGGGAGCGCACAGGAGUCUCUGCAUCGCGCGAGGGCGGCGGUUUCUGGCGACACAGUUGCGCAGGAUCUUCUGCUUGCAGAUUCACUGGGUCACGCGACAGGCGUGGCGGCGGGUAUUGCCUUGUCACGACCGUCGCUGCAGGUUGUCUGCAUAGAAGGCGACGGGGCGGCCCUCGUGCACCUGAACGCGAUGGCGACGAACGGUGGCCUCCAAGCGAUCAAGGAGGCCACCACCGGCACUGGACUGCUGCACAACCUCAAGCACAUUGUGGUUAACAACGGAUCUUACUCACUGGAAGGCGGCCAGGUCACGGCGGCCUUUGAUGUCUCGCUGACGGGUGUGGCCAAGGCCUGCGGGUACUUUGCCGUGCGUGAGGAGCCCGUGAUCGAGCUUGGCGACCUCGUCGCUGCUCUGGAGGAGCUGCGUCAGUGCGACGGUCCGGCCUUUCUGGAAGUGGUGGUGAGCAAGACGAGCACCUCGUCUGCUGAGGGUAAGGUGCGUCGGAAUCUGCAGGCGGAGAAGCGUCGCUUUGCUGAAUUCUUGAAUCGACCCAGUGAGUGA